AUGGAGUUUGUCACAGCCCUUCGGGGCACCUUUGAUGACCAGAAGCCAUCGCUGUUCGAGGUGCUUUCAGAGCAGCAGCUCAACAGUUUGCUGCCGCCAACGCUACGCUACCUGUUAACUGUCGCCACACAGCGCCAUCCCCGAUAUCUUCUACGCAUCCUCAAUUCCUUUGACGAGCUCUAUGCGCUUGCCAUGGCAAUUGUGGAACGUCACUAUCUGCGCACACGAGGUGGCUCAUUUACCGAGAAUUUCUACGGAUUAAAACGCGAAAAGGCACUGCGAGGCGAGAUUCCGAGAGCAAGCGCCGCGGCGCCACAUCUUGUGCGAGAAGCGCUUAAGCUGACAUCGACCGAUGUAUGGAAGAACUUGUUUGUUCUAGUCGGUGUGCCGUACCUGAAACGAAAGCUCGACGAAAGCUACGAGGUGAAUGCGCCCCGAGCACUGCUGGGUGCGGCCUACACGCGCAUGCCAGACAACCCAACCCUCCGCGACAGGUUCCUCCACUACUACCGAUGGUUUCUGCGACACAUCUACCCGAGCGUCAAUGCGGCAUACUAUUUUGCCAUGCUGGCGUUUAACCUCGCCUAUCUCUUUGACCGAAGCAAAUAUCAUAACCCACUGAUGUGGCUGAUUGGAACCCGUGUGCGACGCAUGACGGGGGCCGACUACCAAGCCAUUGAAGCGCUCGGCGCCAAAGCACAUGCUGACAGACGACCUGGCAGCCAGUCCUUGUUUUCACCAAGGAAUCUGGGCUCUCAGGUGCUCUCUAGCUUGUCACUAGCGCUGCCGAUGAGCAUCUUUGCGCUCAAAUUUCUAGAGUGGUGGUACCAGUCUGACUUUGCGAAGCAGCUGUCUAGGAAGGCCACCGAGAAUGUAGAGCUUCCGCCGCCUAUCCUGUCCGUCUUGGGUGCCAAGUGGUUCAGCCAGGCCAAAGCAGCAAAGAGCGACGAAAGGAAACAAGGCAAGGAAGACGAGGAGGAGACGACGGGACCAGAACUCUCUGCUGAGAAUGCCCCGAUAGCGACGCCAUCUAUGCUACCCGUCUACGUGGUGCCCUUCCCGGAAGACUCCUCACUCUGCCCUAUCUGUGAGGAAGACGUUGUAACCCCGACAGCCUGCCAAACGGGAGUUGUUUAUUGUUAUACUUGUAUACAUCGAUGGCUUGAGGGUAUGCAUCCCAAGCAGGAAGCGUUUAUGGAGGAGCGACAUGGAAAAUGGGAGAGCGGAAUGGGCCGCUGUGCCGUUACUGGGAAACGAGUGCUGGGGAGCACAGAAGGUCUGCGCCGUAUCAUGGUAUAG